AUGGAGAUAGAUAAUAAUGAAAAUAUAUUUGUUAAUUUAUCACAUUUAUUACUAAAGAAUAUAAUCUCAUUUAUAAAUGAUUUUGAAGAUAUAAUUAGAUUUACACUUGUUUGUAAAAGAUGGUUUCAAGAGAGGAAUAGUUAUUUAGUUUUUCUACGAGACGGUGUUUUCGUGGAUACACAUAAAUUGAAAUCAUAUCAUCCAAUAAUACAACUAAAGCAUAAUGAAGAUCUUUACCUCGUUAGUGAAGCACAAACAGUUAAUCAAAUUACACCAAAGAAAUUAACAUGUGUCGAUUUUCUAGAAUUUAGAAGAUUAAUUGUGAAGAUAGAUGGAUUCGAUAUUUCAAAUGUAAGAGAUCAACUCGAGAAAUCAAAGAUUAAGGAGAUUAGAUUACCAUACAAUGUUCCACGAUUGUCAGCUGGAUGUUUACCAGAGAAUUUAGAAAAUCUUACCAUUGACAGCUAUUCAUAUCCGUUAGAGGAAGGUGAUCUUCCAGCUUCAUUGAAAGUAUUGUCUUUAUAUCAGUAUAAUCAUCCACUUAUAAAUGGGUCACUUCCACCUAAACUUGAAAAGUUACUCAUCACAGUUUUUAGUAAAACUCCUUGUCUCCAGGUGAAUGUUUUUCCAACAACUUUGACAUCGAUUGAAAACUGUCCAUACCAAUUGAUCAAAUUUGUUAAAUACUUGCCAUGUCUGGAAUCAUUUGAAUGUAAUAGUAUAAGUAUUCCCGAUGAUUUCUUAGAGCCCGGUGAUUUCCCAGACACUCUAACAAGCUUGUCACUCCGAUUUUAUACAUCAACACUCCAACCCAAAGUAAUACCUUCAUCAAUCAAAUAUUUAACACUUAGCUGCUAUAUUUGGGAUCUGACAAACAACUCAAUUCCAAAUGAAUCACACUAUAAAUAUAUAUGCGUUUCCGAUAUUUCAUCAGACAUUCAACCAAAUCAUUUACCACCAAAUAUCGAGAAUCUUGAAAUCUUGAAUUACAACAAACCUCUAUUACCAGGAAGUUUACCAUAUGGAGUCACAACAUUGUCACUCCCAAAAAUUAGCCCAAAGCAUAUCACCGAAGGUGUUUUUCCUUCCUCCAUCAAAACUCUUUAUCUUUUCACAUACGAAGAUUCAGAGAGUAACCAAUCAGAAAGACGUUUCAACUCGAAAUCAAUUCCAAAUUCAGUUGAAGCACUAUAUCUUGGUCAUGGGUACUCAGAGAUUGAUCCAACGAUGCUACCCGAUUCAAUUAGAACAUUAAAAAUCAAAAUAAGAGAUUUGGCUCGACAUGGAAUUGCAUCAUUCAAACCAACGAUCACCCUACUAAAAAUAGGUACAAAUUCUCAAAUCUAUCGUAUUGAUAACAAUAAUUUCAUUAUCAACUCCAACUCAAAAUUAUUUUUUGUCAAUGUCAAAGAAUUUGAACAAAUAUCAGAAAUGAUUAAGAAGUAUGAUAUUAUCCUAGACUAUGGUCUAGAUGAUAUUUUCUGA